UUUUGAUAUUUUAAUUUUUUAUACCAAUUAUUCGCAAGUAAAAAACUGAAAACGCAAAACGAUUUUAUCGAUUUUGAGAAUGAAAUAUCGAAAAUCAAGUCUUAUACGUCACUCGGUAUAACUCUUCUUACAUUUUAAUCAGCCAUAAAUAAACUACUUGAAUUGGAUUUACAACUUACUGAGUUGCAAUCUAAGAAAUUAAAAAAUAAAAAAAACAUUUAACUAGUUUAAAUUAUAUUAAUAAUAUACUAAUUAUAAUACAAUACAAUAUUAGUCUAUAUAAUAUCAAUUAUAAUAUAAUAAUAAUAUCAUUGUAACAAACAAUAUUCAAUAUCCCGCGCGUUAUCGAAUACAUUUUACUGAUCAGUACUUCAUAGUACACCAUCGAAUGCAAGCCUUCAAGAUAGAAUAAACAAUUUUUUUGUACGUUAUAAUACACAGUGUUUCGACAAUCCUUUAUUUUCCGUGUUUAUUUGAAUAGUUUCUUAUAAACAUAUAACGCCAUUCUACUACUUUAAGUUAAAAGAUCAACGGACUUUGGUAUUCGACAGCAUUCGUCAAGCAAAAUUCAAACAUUGAAACAGAUAUACGAUCAUAGUACGUCAAAUAUAAUUAUUGGACACAGAAGAAAAAAAGUAAAAAAAAAAAUGGACUUUCAGAAGGUCGUUUAUCAAAUACUGCUGUUGUUAUUUACCAUAGAAAUUUCUACGACGUUUGGUAACCAUGAAGAAGACUUGUUCGAAUUAACAUCAACCAGCGAUAGCCCGGGUUUGCAGUACGAACUCAUAGGUAAUGGUAGAGCUUGCGGAAGUAGUUGGACAGUAAACACAUAUAUGGAUUUAAAAUUUUUAAAUAACAGUCUUAGAAAUAUUAGACAAAUGUUAAACUCAAUUGAACUAAUUGCGUUCAAAGACAUUUCUAUAACUUUGUAUCAGUUAAAAAAACACGCGAACAGAUUGGAAAACGAGAUAGGUUUAAUUGUACAAAUGGGUAGACAUAACAAAAAAGUUAAGCGAUCUAUUGAGUUUGGGGGUACGGCAUUAAAAUGGAUGUUUGGAGUAGCCGAUGCUGACGAUGUACGAAGAUAUGAUAGUACGAUCGAUAAAUUAGAAAACAAUGAGAAAGAUGUUAUGCGUAUUGUUCAUGAUCAGAUAUCUAUACUAAAAAGCACAAUAAUUAAUUUGAAUGAUUCCGUUACAUCAUUUAAUGAAAAUAAGAAAAUAUUUGAUGCAAAUAUGAAAGAAGGCGAGAAAAAAGUGAACGAAUUGAUUAUUGAAAUAGCUAAGGAAGACAGAAAAAUCAUUAUUUUGAGUUCGAUAACUCUUUUAGAAAACACUAUAUUUGAAUUGGACAUGUUUAUUAGUAGGUUGCAAAAAGUAAUUUCUAACGUACAGAAUAAUGUAGUAGAUGCGUUUAUAAUAACACCUGACCAAUUGCUUUCGGAAAUAAAAAAUAUUCAGAGUAUACUCCCGGAUGAUUUGAAAAUCCCUGUUAAAUUUGAUGAGGAUAAUAUUCAAGAAAUAUUCAAAAUAUUAAGUAUUGAAAUGCACACAAUAAAUGACAGAUUUAUUUUUUCUUUAAAAUUUCCUCUGUGCCUUAUAGGAAAUUUCAACGUUUAUUACAUAUUACCUAUUUACAUUCCAAUUAAUGAACAUGGUCAAUUUCUGCAUAUGACUAAAAAUUCUAUGUAUUUGUUAAUGGACAAAAUAAUGACCAAAUAUUUUAUAUGGCCAGAUUUAAAUAACUGUAAAGUAGUGGAUAAAAUAUUUGUUUGUGGAUUUAAUGAAAUUAUACAUAAUUGUGACACGGACCCCACAUGUGUAACAGAAUUACUAAAAAAUUCUUUAACUAAACCACCUCAAUGUGAUACUUAUAUCUCUGAAUUCAAAACAGAAAUGUGGUAUCCCUCAUUUUUCAAAAAUCAUUGGUUUUUCGUAUGUGAAAAACUCACUACAAUUACUAUAAUUUGUAAUAAACAGUCUUUCACUCAAAAAAUUAAAGUUAAAAGUUCUGGAAAGUUAUACUUGAAGUCUGGGUGUAUUGCUUACACCUCGAAAGGUGUACUAAAAACUGAACAAGUAUUAAAUCAAACAUAUUUCUCAAUUCCAGUAGACUUAUCUCUUACAAAUGAUUCAUGCUGUAAUGUAUUCAAUUUUUCUAAUCAGGCCUAUCCCAAACCUAUCCACUUCGAUGAAAUAAAAAAUAUUAAAUUUAAUAAAGAUGCGUUCAAUACAAUAAAUAAACAAUUAGACCAACAAGAUAUGUUAAUAAAUUCGCUUAUUGUAGAUAAAACGUAUGAAUUUAUAUACACAAACAAAUAUUUAGUUGUCAUAAUAAUAGUUUUUUUAAUAUAUUUUAUAGCAACAUUUUAUUUAAAUAGGAAAGCAAAAAAAUUAGCUAUAGAAAACAUUAAUUUAAGUUACAAUCCUCCAAGUUCUAAAAAUUAAUUUAGUAAAGGUUCUUAGUACGUAUACCUGAUAUUAUAUAUUAUUAUAUAAUUGUCAAAUACCAUUCACAACAUUUAUAUUAUUUUUUCGGAAGUUAAUAAUUAGUAUGUAGGUAUAUGUUUAUCUUACUUUUUUCUACACUUAUAUAUUGUAUAAAUGUUCUUGUAUAAAUAUAUUUUAUUUUAUAACAUACUUUAAUGAAAUUGUUCAAAUAAUCGAAUGUAUAAUCGGAUUGAAAUGCAUCACCUUUAUAAAUUCAAUUUUAUUUGUUACUUUUAAAGUAAUUACUAAUUUGUAUAGUUGUGUUGUAAAGAUAUCUAAUACACUAAUUAUUUUAUGAUUUGCCUUGGCAAUGAGCACCCUCACUUGUUUAUUAGAUAUUAAAAAAAAAAUUGUAUUAUUACUAUUAUGUACCUAAAAAUUGUAAUAUAUAUGUCUCAUUAUAUACUAUAUCGUGUGUUUUUUAUUAUUACUAUUAUCUCUAUAAAAUUGCUACUUGUAAAGUUGGGUAACUGAAACACCCACUUAGGUUGAAUUUAUAUAUUUUUGUACAUUAUAUUGGGCUCACUGCCCGUAAUAAAUAAAUAAUAAUAAAAUAAUGAGUUUUAGUUUUUAUAAAUUCUUAUAUUUUUAACACAAUAAAUAUUAUAUGUUAUAUAGAAAUUAGUUUUAAAUGUUUUUGAAGAGUUUGUUAUGAAUAUUUUAUAUACAAUUAGAGGACUCGAUUUUCGAUAUUUCAUUUUCAAAAUAUAUAAAAUCGUUUUGCAUUUUUUGUUUUUUGUUUUCACUUUUUUGAUUUGUGAAUAAUUGGUAUAAUAAGCUAAAAUAUCAAAAAUCUAGUGCUAUACGUUAACAGAUUCAACUCUCCUCUUAAACUUUUAUAAGAGGUUUUUUGAUCUAAACCCAGUCAGUCAGCCGUGUUUUUGGAACUAAAAAAUAAGUUUUACUCACAGCCGCGGAUGUCACGGCAAUACGGUAAUGCAAGGACGGUCGCGGGCAUCGUAAUAAAUCGAGCAUAAUUAUUAUACUAUGUUUUAUUUCACGUAAAUAAUAAUAUGAACGUAAUAGGUAUAUAUAAAAAUAAUGCAACGACGUGCGAAGCGCGGACCGCCGAUAACAGACCGGUUUUGACCUGCCGGCGGCCGGCGAGUCUGGAUGUCGGAGCUAGGAGGGGACAAACGCUGCCGCUAGAAACAAAAGCAGCACAUGACGGCCGUAAUUAAAUUUUUUUUACUGUAAAACAUGCCAAUUUUGUUCCAAUAAUACGGCUUACAGAAUGGUUUUAGAGCAAAAUACCUUAAUUAA